ACUAAUCUACCAUUACUGUAUAUAAAAGGUUUCGUCUUUGCCAAAAUGAGAUACAUUAGUUAGUGACAAUGAGUUUUAAGAGUCUUGUAAUUGAAUUGGUGGCAGCGAUAGCACUUUUUAAUCUAUGCUUAGAGAAUUAUGGAGCAGAAGGAAUAAAUCAUAGAAAAAUAUCAAAGAAAGAAGACAUGGAGUUUGACAGACAACUUAAAAUCCUUAAUAAACCUCCCGUCAAGACCAUUCGGACAGAAUUUGGUGACGUAUACGAUUGCAUAAACAUUUACAAACAACCGGCUUUUGAUCAUCCAUUGCUCAGAAAUCACAAAAUCCAGAUGCAACCUAACCUGAUUCACGGAGAACAAGGGGAUGAACCUAAUCCUGGUAUGUUUUCGAGCGUCGACCGAUAUAAAUUUGAAGGGUGUCCUCCGGAAACUGUUCCCAUCCGAAGGACCACAAAAAAGGAUCUCAUAAACGCAAAAAAUCAUUUCCAAUGGAUGAAGCAGCGACAUUAUGUGGCUGUUCAACCGAAUCCAAAGAAAAUAUUCUAUGGGGCCAGAGCUCGACUUUCUGUAACAAAUCCUACCGUGCAGUCGUCACAGUUGAGCACUAGUCAAAUCUGGAUAAUGAAUGGUCCUAGGGAAAAUUUAAAUAGUAUUGAAGUUGGAUGGGCGGUAUACCCUGAAUUAUUUGGCGACAAUCGGACUCGAGUUUUUGGCUUGUGGACGGCUGAUGGAUAUAAAGAGAAAGGAUGUUUUAACACGCUGUGCGAGGGAUUUGUGCAAGUACAUCCCGAAUAUUUUUUUGGAGAACCGCUUAGAGAAGGAACCUAUGGAAAGGAGCAACGUGGGUUUGAUUUUUCGGUGCACCGGGGCUCUGACGGCAAAUGGUGGUUCAUCGAUGGAAGAGAUAAAGCAACGAUAGGAUAUUGGCCCCCGGAAAUUUUUACUCAUUUAAAGAACCCUGCGACUGUGGUUGAAUUUGGAGGGUCUGCGGGAGCAGAUCCUGGCAAACCCUACCCGCCAAUGGGAUAUGGGCGUUUACCUGUUUUUGAUUCUAGAAUUACAUCUUGUAUGCUACAAAUGAAAGUAGUUGCUGAACAAGACGGAUUUUUUGAGGACUUUGACUGGUGGGAUGUGCAAAUAAGACGCGAUACAAACCCUAGCUGUUACGAUAUCAUUUUUCCUGGUGAAUAUUUACUCAGUGGUUUGAUUAUGUUAUUUGGAGGACCAGGAGGUGGUGAUUGUCACUGAUUAUGGUCAGUUGUAACAAAGUAUGACAGUGGUACCUUUUAAUAAAAAUAAGGUUCAUUGUGAAUGGAUUUCACAAUCAUUUUCAUUUUAGAAUCCAA